AUGAAAGAUUCCGUAUGUUUCGAUAUUCCUGCAUCAACUAACUACCAUCAGGCCAAACAGCUUAAAUUAAGAAAGGUCCGUUCUGUGAAAAAUCUUGCUCUUCCAAAUCAACACGUUUUGAAAAGUCAAUGGAAACAUUUUUCACAUUUAGCAGGUUUACCUAUUCAAGACAUAAAUAAUCCUUUGUUUUUGAUUGGCCAAGAUAAUAUACGAAUAAUUGUACCUAGAAAAGUUGUUCAAGGCCCUACUUAUUUACCUAUAGCUACUAAAUCCAUGUUAGGCUGGAUUCUUCAUGGACACUACAAUGAUCAGCAUUCAAAUAUACCCAGAACACGACCUACGCUUUUGGAGUUUCCAACGUAUCCUCAUUUAAUAUGA